UUCGCGGUGAUGUCGCUGCUCGCUGGCUCCAGCGCUGCCCGCAGGGGGACCAGGUUGCCGUUCAGGUAAUUCUCAAACAGCCGAAUGAAAAGAAAACAAUGACAAGUUGUGGUCGGCAAUCCUUACAUACACUGAUUAUUGUAUUCUGUUCGCUCUUGUCAGCAGCUUUCUCUGCACAUUUUCGAGUCUGUGAGCCAUACACCGAUUACAAAGGUCGUUCUCACUUUGGAUUCCAUUGUCCCCGACUGUCGGACAAUAAAUCAUACAUCUUUUGCUGUCACCACAACAACACCGUGUUUAAAUAUUGCUGUAAUGAAACGGAGUUUCAGACUGUUAUGCAGAUGAAUCUAACAGGCAGUGCAGAUGGAUACAUGCAUAACAAUUACAGUGCACUGUUAGGCGUUUGGGUCUAUGGGUUUUUCGUUGUAGUCUUGCUGGUUCUGGACCUUUUAUAUUACUCCUCCAUGAACUACGACAUUUGCAAAGUUUACAUGGCCCGAUGGGGAAUCCAGGGGAAAUGGAUGAAACCGGAAACAAGCCGGUGGAUUAAACCAACUCAGGACUCAAGGCAAGUAGAGACUCAGGCGCAUUCUCAGCCUGCCUCUCAACCAUCCCAGGCUGCCCACACUUUAAAAGGAGAAGCUUUAACUCCACCACUGAUGUCUUUCCCGAGCUCAACUGCCUGAAAAGAGAAUACUUUGACGUGCCUCAAGAUGGAAGAGGUAACAUUACAGCCCAGAAAAGCAGCUUUAUCUGAAAAGCACAAUGGAAAGUUGUUGAAUGAUUAGGAACAUGGGUCCAAGGAGAUGGGUUAUUCGAAUCUCCCCCCAUGACAAGCAAUGGUAUCCAGAGAUCAAGGUGAGGCAAUAUUACUCAAAUGAUACCUUGGAAACCCAAGACAUCCCUCCUGAAAGAAGAGAGAAUUUGAGGGAAGACCAUGCCCAUGGAUAUCCAACCUAGGAUGAAAAUAUACUACAGCACCAACAAUUGGUCAAUACACUUGUUUUUCUUCCCCAUUCAUUAAAUCUCAUUUGAGCCAACAGGUAAAGAUCCAAACAAGAAUGUGACUUUUCCCCCAAAGUUCUCUUGUGAAUAUUGUCACAAUAGGCCAGAUGUGGAUUGGCUUAAUCUCUUUGUGUCUUCCUGGUUUUCCUUCUUUGGGAGACAGGGGAGAGAAAAGCUAUAAUUUGAAAUGGGAAAGUAUUGUUUGAAUGGGCGAAAAAAAAGUAGCAACCUCACAAUUUCAGUUUCUGAGCACACCAAAGUGGCCUCUCUUACGUGUGUAGAUGGGGCAUUGGGAAAAGAGCAUUUCUUUUUCCUGGCCCCAAUUGGGGGGAAAAAAUCACAGAAGAAUGGAAACACUUGUAAUAAGUGAAAGCAAUAAAACAGCUGCUUCCUGUCCAAUCAGGCCAUUAUCUCAUUUGUUCAUGUAAACUAAUCUUUGCCUACUGGCUAAUCUUAAUACUUAUUAAUAAUCCCUCAGGAACCUUCUGAUGUUCUUGAUGAGAGAACCACGGGGAUUCCUUGGUUAAGGUUCAGGAUUGUGGGCAAGCUUUGUGCAUUCUGAAAGAACUUGAUCAAGACAAGGAAUAUAUCACUUGAAGAAAGAGCAUAGCUGAUGGUUCGUUGUUGCAAAAUUUUAUUAAGCGCCACCAUUACUAUAGAGCAAUUUAACAACUAUUGGAAGAGCAGUUCCAUUUAGCAGAUUUUUUUUGUUGGUGUUAGGCUUUUCCUGGAAAUAUUUUUUUUUCCAUCCGUAUAAGCCUUUUAUCCUUUGAUUUUGGAGCUGAUGUAAACAUUGACCAUUUUCCGCAGAAUAGCUGAUGGAAAAGGAAUACAAAACUAGAACUACACACAUUGUAUACUUUGGGUAGAUCCAAGAAAGAAUGUAAAAAAGAAUGUAGACUUAUUUUCACAGAGGCACCUUGCCUUGCACACAAAGACCCCUCCUCAAAAAGUGAGCAUCAGAAUGUUACGCUGCUCCUUGUCAUGCAGCGAUUCUGCCUUCCUGCUGAAACAGCCUGUUCAGAUUAUUCUUGCUUCUCCAUUCCUUGCGAGGAACCUGAAAUAACUAGAGGAGAAUUAUUUCUGUCCUCAAGGCACUACGUAUUCCCUAACUCUUGUAGCAGCAAAGCAUGAGCAGUGUUCCUACGUAUUCCAUCUCUCCAUAAGGAGACUUGGUAGGUUUCGAGGAUGGUUUCUGCCACUGGAUGCUUUAUUUAACACGUUGCCAAUGUUUUCUGAGAAGUGUGGUGGUCACGUUUUCAGACCAAUGCAAAGAAAUGCCCCGAAACUAAGAAUUUGCAGCAAAAGGAAAGACAAGUGAAAAUACACAAGUAGAGAUUACAUCAACUCGUAUGGUUGAUGGAUUAUGCAGUCUGAUGAUCCUGCACGUGUGGUUGUGUUACUGGGAUUGAUCCCUUGAUAUUUCUUUAGUGUUCAAAUAGAUUUAAAAGUUGUAUGUGUGACCCUCUUGAAUCAAUUUAGGUGAUGUGAAUCACCUUAAACAACUUGGCUUGCUUGGAGUUGCAAAUAUUUCCCAUCAUUUGACUUAGUAUUAAAAAUUAAGCCACUUGGAGAUGUAAGAACAAAUACCACCACAGAUUUCUAAACCAAUUCCUGCACUUCAGAGUUGACAGCCUGAAAUGUUGUUGUUGUUCAGUCCGUAAGUCAUGUCCAACUCUUCACAACCUCAUGGACCAUAGCAUGCUAGGCCUCCCUGUCCUCCACUGUCUCCUGGGGUUUGCCCAAACUCAUGUUCAUUGUGUCGAUGACACUAUCUAACCAUCUCAUUCUCUGCCGUCCCCUUCUCCUUUUGCCUUCUUUUUUCCCCAGCAUCAAGGUCUUUUACAAUGAGUCCUCUCUUCUCAUUUGGUGGCCAAAGGAUUUGAGCUUCGGUAUCUGUCCUUCGAAAGAACAGCCGGGGUUAGGGUUAGUGUGUGCGUGUGUAUGUGUUAGUUUUAGAAGGUUUAGGUCAUCAUAGAACAGGUCAACUUCACCUCUUCGGCAUCAGUGGUUGGGACACAAAUUUGGAUUACUGUGAUAUUGAAUGGUUUGCCUUGGAUUUGAAUCGAAAUCAUUCUAUCAAUUUUUUUUAGAUUGUACCACAGUACGGCUUUUCCAAUUCUUUUAUACUGUCUAUGAGGAUUCCUCCCAUUUCUUCUAAGGCAUAAGUGUCAAACUCAAGGCCAAGGGGCCAGAUUCAGCCUGCAGGGUGCUUAGAUCUGGCCUACAGGGCCAUCCUGGAAACAGCGAAGAACUGGCCCGUGGUGUGGCCCUCUUGAGCUCUGUUUUCGCUGGCAGAGAGUCGCAGGAAGCCAUCACAACUGAAAACAGAGCUUGGGAGCCCGUUUUCCUCUGGCAGAGCUCUUGGGCCACCGCAGGCGCCCCCAACAUGAGCGACGUUGAGCUGGCCACACACCCUCUCGCCAUGCCCAUUC